AUGGCGUUUGAAAAAUUCCUCGAAGGCUGCAAAGCAGAAGCGGUAGAUGAGUGUGGAGUUUGGUGUCGGUGUACGGUUCUUUCAAAAACCGAAGAAGGGGUGACCGUCUCUUUCGAUGGAUGGAACGCCGAGUGGAACCGCCGCAUUUGUGAUCCACAUGAGAUCCGAAAUGUAACUCCGUUUGAAGCGAAACGAAAACGUUCAAGUUAUUCCAGCAAGGUGAGAUUAACUGCUAGUUAAUUUUUUUAGUUCAAGUAAGCAAAAACGAAGUGGAAUCGAAUGUGAUCGGACAAAUGACUCGGAUUAUUACGAGACUGUAUAGAGGUUUACUACGCUCGCGAUCGGUAGCUUGCGUGGCGAAAGUCUAACUGCUCAAAUGAUCAAAUUUUAGAAAUACUUGCUUCUGUUUGUUUGAAAUAUGAUAAAUGAGUACUUAACACUGUCAAGUAAUAAGAAACAUAUCGAUUCAUCAUAAUAGCUUGCUUUAAUUCAAGUAGAUGGAUGCAAGCUCAAUGCGUAGUUUGUUUACACAUUUUUCAAGUCAUGUGACUUUUAGGACUAGAUUUCAGUACUGCACAGAGUCAUUGCACAUGUAGUUUCCUUUGUUUGUAAGAAAUUUAGUUGGAAAUAAAAGAUUGUACAGCAUCAUUGAACCAAAUCUUACUAGGCUAUGUUUUGUUUUUAGAAUCCACAAAUCUCAAAAACAAUGAGGGAUGAUGUUCUCUGGAUGGGCGAGAUUGAAGCAGUGGUGAACGAGGUAGAUCCCAUCAGAGGUUUCAUCAAAGUUACAUUGGCAAACAAUGUUCAAGUAGAUGUGGGCCCGGAAGAGCUUGAACGGAAGAGGCCAGAACCACAGAAAGUCUCAACCCGGAAAAAAAGGAGGAUACCAGUAUGUCAGGAAUCAACUCCAGCCCCAGCUCCAUCCCCACCUCCAUGUGAACAAGACCACAAAGAAUCACCUGCUGCCUUGAUUUCAGUUGCUGAAAUGAACUUUGAAUUUUCUGUUAUUGUCCAAGAUGAUGUAGUUUUUAAAGUUGGUUCCCUUUAUUUUGUAGACUCGUGUAGUUUUCCUUUCAUCAUAACUCGCCUUUUUAAGUUUAGCCUCAGUGGCAGUGUUUUUGUUUCAGGAGUUCGAUGUGUAAUUGAGGGGGGGAAAGUUGUUUCAUUCUUGGAUAAUUUUCAAGUCACUGUUGAAUGUUCAUUUGUUCAUCCUUGUAGCAGUUCGCAGUUUGGUUUGUCAAAUAUGUCUAGUCAAGUCGCUAAUUAUGUUUUUUGUGGUCAUUCUCGUGUCGGUGUGUGUCAAGAAAGGAAUUUUGGAAAUGUUCAUUAUCUGAGAGACUUGCGUCGCCAUGCCUUGGGGGCUCAGAUGCGCCAGGCUGUGUCGAGUGGCAUUUCUCUUAAUGCCACUCGACCGGCACAGCCCAUCAGCCUUGGUGCUCUUGAGCCCUUCCAUGACAUGGCAAUUUUUGGUCUCUCUGAGGUGAACAAGUUCAAAAUUCCUUUCACUUUGGUUGGGGGUUAUAGUCUUUUAGAUGGUAUUAUGGGGAAGGGUUGGGAUGUUAAGCCAUUGCGUGCCGAUGUGGCAGAUUGUCAUUUUAAGUUUGUUACCUCGCUUACAGUUUAUUUAGACCGAAAACAUUUUACUCUUAAGUUUUCAUUUUCUUAUUCUGAGGCUCCAUUUUCAUUGAGCCCAGAUUACAGGGAGAAGUGCAAGGCACUUUCUCAAUAA